UGGAUGGUGGUGUCGCGCAGCUACACUACCAGAAAGGCCAACCCAGCGCCUUCACCGCUGAUUGGUUGCUGGACACACUGGAAAGCCAUGAACAAAAUCGUUGCUCCCUCAGUUCCUGCGUGAUGUAACAUUGUUGCUUGUCUUGGCUUGAUUGCAUUUUAUUGAUUUGUUUGCUGACGAACCGUACACUAUCUACUUUGUGGAUCAACCCUUACUUCCCGGACUUCGUGCAAAAUCCGGAUCGCUAGCUUUCUGCCACUUCAGACGAUCAAGAAUCUGAAGAGGACCCACUCGACACUCGUGCGAUCCGUGGCUUUAUUUCCUGUGAGAGGCGACCAUCAGACACCCUGAACUGUCUCAAGUCACCACGACAGUUACGAUGACCUCUUCCUCCGUGCUGUUGAAGCCGCUGUCAGUACAAAAACCAUCCGACACUCGACUUCAACUUUCGGUCGCGCAGUUUUUGACAAACACUGAGCGAACGCUGCCCAGACUUCCCUUGCUCUGCAAAUAAAACCUUGGCUUGACUGAGUGCGGUUGCUGCGCGAGCUGUCUCCCGUUGGCAUAGGCUGCAUUCUACGCAACACUACGCUGAGUGAGUGCAUGACCACCUGGCAGUGACAGUGGAGAGCACUUGUCAAUCGCAGCGUGGUGCAAAGCCAGCUCGCCGCAUGUCGGAAUACUUUCGAUGUUGCGACAGCUCGGCCGUUCCUUUCUCCGCCACCCGGAAGCCCUUGUCCUAACCUUGGCCUGGCUCACGCAGCACUAGUGGGCUACACAAGGCUUACUGGACAACCAGGUCGUUCAGCUCGGCGAGGGCUUGAAGAAAACCUCUCCAGCGUGUGGCAAAGAGCACCAGUCGCAGCUACAUGUAGCAGUGAACGACAGCAGAUCUCGCAGCUGAAAGCACUGAACGCGAUCGGAGGUAACAGGAACUCGGCAACUGUUCUUCCCUGCUGUCUGUAUCCCCUGUCCAUAGAUCUACACAGUAUUUAGCUGUCCAGAACUAAGAAAUCAGCUGGGCAACACGGUGGAGUGUCAGAGCUGUAGCGCAUAACGUCUUCUCUGACCCUGCUACUGGGGAAGAGGAUCUAAGUCCCCCGAGCUAGUCCGCGACUCGCCGGCUUUUGUGGAGAAGGUUGCGAAGGUGUGUUCGUCGGCUGCAUAGUGUGCCAUGGACGAUGUGAUUAGCUUGAAGUCUAAGAAUAAGCUGGGCGUUGAGAACAACAUGGCCGACUCGUGGAAGGACGUGCGCAUCGGCCAGCUCGAAGAUGAGCUGCGCGAGGAGCGCUCUAGUCGCGUGAAGCUGUUCGAGGAGAUCAGUCAGCUGCGCGAGGAAGUGGCUAAGCUACGUACUGGCUCCACUCUUUCUCCGCCUGCGCCGUCACCGUCGCCGAACGGACUUCGUGUUGUGGUCACGGAAAACGGACACGGAGCUGCAGCCGGAGAAGAAUGCAGCACACGUACGGAGCGAAUGAACGAACGCAACACGGACGCACUCCAGAAUGGCUCGGCGGCACGAGACAUCAAGGCAUGGACGAAGGGCAAGUCGCAGAAAACUGCCAUCUCGGCGGAGGCGGUGGACCCCGAAGCAUUGAUGACAUUCAAAGUGGAGUACGUACCGAAGGAUCCAGACACGAAGAAGAACCUGGAGAAUGCCAUUCGCAAGAACCCAAUGCUUGGAAGACUGGACAUCCGGCAAAUCAGAGACAUUGUCAACAGCAUGAAACUACGACAUGUCAAAGCUGGAGAGAAGAUCAUUGACGAGGGCAAGGAAGGCAAUGAGCUUUACAUUAGUUCUGAGGGCAAAUUUGAAGUGUCCACCAACGGCCAGCAUCUGACCAGCUUCGGUAGCUGGGUGGUGUUUGGCGAACUGGCAUUGCUGUACGGAUGUCAGCGCACGGCCAGCGUGACCAACAUCGAAGGCGACGGCAAAGCAAACGAGGCAGCGCUCUGGUGCACCGACCGGCGCACGUUCCAGAUGAUCAUGAUGAAAACGGGCAUGCUGCGGCAACAGCAGAACCUGCGCUUCGUCCGCAGCAUCUCCUUCUUCUCGCACCUGCAGGACAAGGAAGAGGAGCUGCUGCGGCUUGUGGACGCGCUGAGCGAGGAGCGCUACCUGCCGGGCGAGUACGUCUUCAAGCAGGGCGCCAUCGGCGAGACGUUCUACAUUGUGCAGGAGGGCGAGCUGAACGUGCUCAAGGAUGAAUCCACUGUCACUACCACCGGCAAUGGCAGCAAGACGGGCAGCAGCAGUGCAGGCACCGUUCUCCUGCGGACGCUGAAGGAAGGCGACACGUUUGGCGAGAAGGCCCUGCAGAACGACGACGUUCGCACGGCCAGCAUCGUGGCCGUCACCGAGGUGGUGUUGUUGGCCAUCGGUCGACGCAUGUUCCAACGCACGAUCGGUCUGGCCGGACAGCAUGACACGGGCAGUGUACCCUCCGUGCCACCAGCUAGAAUCUACGAUGAAGACAACGGAACAUUCACCGAGGUGGAUGCCGAGCCGACCGAGUCCGAUACCAGCUACGAGAAUCUCCUCGCCGAAGACUUCAAUGUCCUGGGACGGCUUGGCUCCGGUGGAUUUGGACGCGUUGAUCUGGUGCAGCGGGACGGUGACUUCAACACAUACGCGCUGAAGUGCCUCUCCAAGAAACACAUUGUGCAGCGAAAGCAGCAGGCGCACGUCUUCGGCGAGCGCGACAUCCAGAAGACAGUUCGACACCCGUUCAUCACGCGCCUGUAUGCCACGUUCCGCGACCCUUGUUACCUGUACAUGUUGCUGGAACCGUGCCUUGGUGGUGAGAUGUGGUGCGUGCUCAGACAGUGUGGACGGCUGACUGAGAAGGAGUCCAGGUUCAUCGUUGGCUGUGCUGUGGAAGCGAUGGCGUAUCUGCAUCGCCGACACAUUGUUUACAGGGACUUAAAGCCGGAGAAUCUGAUGCUGGACGCGCGCGGGUAUUGCAAACUGAUCGACUUCGGUUUCGCCAAGAGACUCUCACCGCCUGCUCACAAGACCUGGACGUUCUGUGGCACGCCGGAAUACAUGGCCCCGGAGGUCAUUCUCAACAAAGGACACUCGUUCAGCGUUGACCUGUGGGCACUGGGGAUCCUGCUGUUCGAGCUGCUCAGCGGCUGGCCUCCAUUCGCGUCCAAUGACCACAUGGUCACGUAUAACAAGGUCCUCGGCGGCUUUGACAAGCUGUCGCGUUUCCCCGCGACGAGUUCCCGCCAAGCCAAGGCCCUUGUGUUACGCCUGUGCCAGCUGAGGCCAGCCGACCGGCUUGGCGCUGGUCGUGGACAGAGCGGCGUGGCGGCCAUCCGCAGUCACAAGUGGUUCUCAAACUUCAACUGGGUCGGACUGCGCGAGAAGUCGCUGGAGCCGCCCAUCGUGCCGCAGCUCAAGGGGCCCACCGACCUGACCAACUUUGACCAGACGGAGGCGAAGAAGGACCCGCACAAGACGCAGACCGACCUGAGCGGCUGGGACGAGGGAUUCUGAGCUCACCAUCUCCCGACUUGGACUGCAUCCACACUGGCCGAAUGCCUACUCUUACUUUGCUAUCUGCUCUUCAAAGACACAGCCUACGGUAACGGUACCUUGACCCAUAGCUCGAGAUCGACUACUCGGACUACAGGCUUGAGAUGAUGAACUAAUCAAAUAAUUAGCUUCCAAUUGAUAGUAGUAAUUAGCUGUGCCUAUUUAGCAUUUACGCAAUCUCUGCUUAGAUGAUUUUUUUAAUGCUUGUCCCAGUGUAUUCAAUUUGUUACCACUAUAUGGCCUAUGCAAUUGUGAAGUGUAUCGCUUGAGAUCAUCGUAAUUCUACGCUGUCCCCCUCCGUGCAUGGCUCAUCAUUGAAAGUGUCAUGUAGAUCUACAAUGCAGCUGAAGUAUUUCUCGCAGGCGCCUUCAAACCUUCAAAUCAUUCUAUAAUCUCAUUUGACCUGGCCAGAGCCUCGCGCCUCUUUCAAUGAACAUUUACGUUUGCUGUAAGGAACCGCUCAAUAUUAUUACACAAGAGACCUAGUAAACAUGUGCAUACAUGCACUUCAGUGCAUGAUAUUGCUGCACACAAACGUUAAUACUGUAUUGUAUUUCCCGCAAUAAAGAUACUUCAAACUACA